CGUCGGAAAUUUCCGUUUCCAAAAAUGCCAGCGUUAUCCCGUCUUUAAAUUUUCUUACUUGGCAUCGACAGCACACCGCCUAAAUUUUCUCGGGAAAAUCUUUCCCUCUUUUUUCUCGGGAAAAUCUAGCCACGAGCUUUUGCAUUACAGCACUGGAGAAUCGAAUUCUGGAAUUGUUUCCUAACAGUGGAAGGAAAUUCUUGAUCUUUUUUGCUUGAAUUUUCUCAUUCGAAUUCGUAGGUGUCGUCGUUUGGCUGCGGUUUGGUGUGGCCAUUGGCAGCUCAGUGAGGGAGAGAGAGAGGGAAGGAGAUGACGCUGGAUUCGUCGAUGCCAGGGAGCUCCGGCUACUUGGAUUUGCAUCCGGAGAGGAAAAUGUUUUACUUCAAGAAUCCAUAUAUUCUGGGUCUGACUGUGGUGGCUGGGAUUGGCGGGCUCCUCUUUGGCUACGACACCGGUGUGAUUUCGGGGGCCCUUCUGUAUAUCAAAGACGAUUUUGAGGUUGUCAAGGACAGUAGUUUCCUUCAGGAAACAAUUGUAAGCAUGGCCUUGGUUGGUGCUAUUAUUGGAGCUGCUGCUGGGGGUUGGAUUAAUGAUUCUUAUGGACGUAAGAAGGCUACUCUUCUUGCUGAUGUUGUCUUUGCUAUUGGGGCUGUUGUCAUGGCUGCUGCUCCAGAUCCAUAUGUUCUUAUACUGGGGCGACUACUGGUUGGCCUCGGUGUUGGUGUGGCAUCUGUUACUGCUCCUGUUUAUAUUGCAGAAGCAUCGCCAUCAGAAAUAAGGGGAGGACUAGUGAGCACGAAUGUUCUUAUGAUAACCGGUGGCCAGUUUCUUUCCUACCUCAUAAAUCUUGGUUUUACAGAGGUCCCUGGGACAUGGCGAUGGAUGCUUGGAGUAUCAGCUGUUCCAGCUGUCAUUCAGUUCACUCUUAUGCUGUUUCUGCCAGAGUCUCCCCGAUGGCUUUUUCUGAAGGAUGAUAAAGAUAAAGCCAUUGAUGUGAUGUCCAAAAUAUAUGAUGUGGCGCGCCUACAGGACGAAAUAGAUUACCUUUCUUCUCAAGCAGAGGAAGAACAACGUAAGAAGAAGAGUGUUAGCUACUUAAAUGUUUUCAGAUCAAAAGAAAUCAGACUUGCGUUUCUGGCUGGUGCUGGACUUCAGGCAUUUCAGCAAUUCACCGGUAUAAAUACGGUCAUGUACUACAGCCCAACAAUCGUCCAGAUGGCUGGCAUCCAAUCCAACCAAUUAGCUAUUUUACUGUCCCUUAUUGUGGCUGCCAUGAACGCUGCGGGAACAGUUCUUGGCAUUUAUCUUAUUGACCAUUUUGGCCGGAAGAAGCUGGCCCUCUCAAGCUUAAGUGGUGUUAUUGUAUCACUUGUCAUCCUCUCGGGUGCUUUUUUCUUUCAGUCAUCUGGUUCUACAAGUGUAAUCUAUGGGUAUAUAGCAGUUAUAGGUUUAGCCCUAUACAUUGGUUUCUUUGCACCGGGGAUGGGACCAGUGCCAUGGACCGUGAACUCGGAGAUAUAUCCUGAAGCAUAUAGAGGGAUAUGUGGAGGCAUGUCAGCUACUGUUAAUUGGAUAUCAAAUUUGAUUGUAGCCCAAACAUUCCUUUCGGUCGCUGAAUCUGUGGGAACUGGUGCAACUUUCUUGAUCCUUGCGGUUGUGGCCGUCAUUGCGUUUAUUUUUGUGAUCGUGUACCUUCCGGAGACAAAGGGCUUGACAUUUGAGGAAGUGGAAAGGAUAUGGAAGGAGAGAGCUUGGGGCAGCAGUGGUUGCAACACACAGAGCCUUCUUGAGCAAGGAGAUGAGUCUUAGGUACCAACAUUUUUCGUAUUUUGAUAGAACUGCCAAGAAUGUUAUACAAGACCAACUUUGUGUCAUGUUUCUUUGCUCAAUCUAUAUGUUUAUAUCC